AUGGACAAGGAUGAUCCGUACUUGGUGACUGAGCCACUGGAGGGACUCCGGUUCUUCGCACCAGUGGGUUUGGCCCCGGGCCUUGACCCACUGGGUGAAGGCAUCACUGCUUUCUUCGAUCUUGGCUUUGCCUUUGUGGAGGUAGGGCCUGUUGCGCCGGGGAGCAGUGAGAGCGCAGCCCUUGCACACACCCUCAGCACAAGGGACUCUAGCCAGCAGAUAGCGCGUUUUGGGCUACUGGGGGCAUCCAUUGGAGGCAGCAAAGAGGACGGAGCUGUUGGGCCGGGUGGAGAAAGGAUAGAACCGUUUGGGAGCUUCAACCUAAUAGCAAUGGCCUUCAACCUACUGGCGAUGACCUCCAACCCAGUCAGCCAGCCAGGAGCUCCUUGA